AUGAAAUUAUUACUAGAUCCUGAACACGACUUCCCAGCAAAUAAGGCUGAGGAGACACCACUUUAUUUGGCUGCAGAGUCUGGUUUUCAUGAUGCUUUGAUAGAAAUCUUGAACGUUUGCAAGGAACCAACUUAUGUUACAGGUCCAUCCAAUCGAACUCCUCUACAUGCAGCCAUAAUUCAAGAACACACGGAAUGCGUGAGAUCACUAUGGCAAUGGAAUAAACCUUUAUGCGAAGAACUUGAUAGAUGGGGUUGGAAUUCACUACACUAUGCUGUUAAACAAGGAUUGAAACAAAUAGUUUCAGAUAUGUUGGGAUGGAAGAAAUCUUUAGCCUACCUUCCGGCUGGCAGUGAAAAUGACUGGACGACAACGUUUCACAUUGCAGCUAGUGAAGGUGAUAUGUUGAUGAUAUAUGUGUUAUUAAACCGCUGCCCAGAUUGUUGGGAAAUGCUUAAUAGCAAUGGUCAAAAUGCACUUCAUGUUGCCUUAUUGAACGGUCACGAAAUGUUCGUCUCUGUCUUCUAUGGGUCUGCAUUUUGUAAUAGCCUUGUUGAUGAGGCAGAUAAUGAAGGCAAUACUCCACUCCAUUUGCUUGCUGCCUCUGGGGACAAUGUGCCGCAAAUGAUAUUAGACAAUCCUAGAGCAAAGAAGAUGGCAUUUAACAAACAAAAUCAGACUCCACUUGACAUAGCAUUGUCUCGCACAUGGACAAGAAAGAAGGAGAAAUUGGUACGCGAUAUUUGCAGCAUAAAUGGACAAUUGGGACAACGUGACUUCAUGGUAAAACGGAAAGCGGAACCAAUCGGGAACAUACAACAGAUGAAGGAGGAUGAUGAUGACAAAGCUAAGAGAGUCAAAAUAGAAAUCGAAAAAUUUAUAAAGUCAUCUCAACUACAUGUAGUUGUAGCUACUCUAAUAAUGACAGUCACGUUCGCAGCUGGUUUCACAUUACCAGGAGGUUUAUACAGCGAUGACAGUCCUAAUAAAGGGAUGGCGAUUCUAUUAAAGAGAGCAGCGUUCUGUGCAUUUGUUAUUUCGGAUGUCCUGGCAUUUUCAUGUUCAGCUGGUGCUAUAUUCAUCUAUUUCUUCCUGGCAAAUAUGGAUACAGAGUACGAUGAAGAACCUAAACGGGACUGGUUCAAAAGUUUUCGGAGGAGCUAUAUUAUAGCAGGUAAUUUGCAACUUUGGGCAAUGGCUGCAGUUGUAGUUGCAUUUGUAACUGGUAUGUAUGCUACUUUAGAAAAUUCACUUGCUCUUGCUGUUAGUGUUUGUGUCAUUGGUUCUGUUUCUUUUCUUAUGUACUUUUCGAUUUUCUUUUGGGUAUAG